UAGUGGUCAGGACAAGCAAAGUGAUCCAGCGCGCAAAGUGCAUCAAAAAUGAAGGUUGUGCACUGACUGUCCUCUUUGGUUUGAAAUACAGUCGGAGCAACUAGCUUGAAUGAACUAUAAUUUUCUUAUACUUGUCAUCGAUAAGACUACGUGCUGACCUGACAGCCGUCGGGCCUCGUCGCUGUGAAGCAGCGGGACUGGAGUGAAGUUCGGUGCGUGCUAACAAACUUCCUCCGGCGGUCCUCCGCGGGGCCCGAGGCUCCGGCCACAGGCCCUUUGGAUGUACAGGCGGAUAUAAAUGUAACCAACACCCAGGAGAAAGAAUCUCUUUGAUGGGAGAAUCUUCUUUCCUGGACUCCUGGGGUAAUUGCCGUGCCAUGAUGAUGGAUGAGCAGGAGGUGCUGAACUCGAUCAUGCAGGAUCUGGCCGAACUGCACCGCUCCAGCCGCCCUGCCAUGUUCCUGUCGGACCUGAGCAAACCUAAAACCUCAUCACCAAAGAACCAGAAUGAUGUCAGGGUGAAGUUUGAGUUCAGAGGGGAGAAGAGGAUCAUUCAGUUCCCCCGACCUGUCAAACUAGAUGACCUGAAAGCAAAGGCCAAAGUGGCUUUUGGUCAAGCAGUGGACCUCCACUACACCAACAAUGAGUUGGUGAUUCCACUGACCACUCAGGAUGAUCUGGACAAAGCUGUAGAGCUGCUGGAUCGCAGCAUUCACAUGAAGAGCCUGAAGAUCCUCCUGGUGCUUCAGGUCUCCUCUCAGAACUCUUCCUCCAGCAUGGACCUCUUGCCCUCCCACGAUGAACUGGACAACACAGGAUUCAGCGUUGGAGACAAAAAGAGCUCGUUGGCUUUGAUAGGGUCCCACUCGACAGACCGCAGCUCUCCUCCGCCGGGCUACAUUCCUGACGCUCUGCAGCAGGUAGCAAGAAACGGCUCGUUUACCAGCAUCAACAGUGAAGGAGAAUUCAUACCAGAGAGCAUGGAUCAGAUGAUUGACCCGUUGUCUAUGAGCAGUCCAGAGAACUCGGCAUCUGGAAGCUGUCCGUCUUUAGACAGCCCACUAGACAGUGACUACCCAAAGUCCAGGAUGCCCAGAGCUCAGAGCUAUCCAGACAACCACCAGGACUUUCCAGAGUACGACAUCCCCGUGUUUGAGAAGUCAGGGAAAGGAGGAACUUACCCGCGACGGUACGGCGUUCCCUUCGGCCUUCAGGAUUACAGUGAUGGGAGGAAAACCUUCCCUCGAGCUCGGCGAACGCAGGUUCAAGGAUUUCGCUCGCCGGUUAACUUCAGCCCCACUGAGCAGUCGCCCAGCACCAGCAGCGGCAGCAGCGUCUUCACCCCUGACCUGGAAGAAGCGCCAGGGCCGGUACGGCGACCACGGAGGGGCAGCGACAUCGAGCCCAAUCUGAGUGCUGCUCCAACCCUGUCCGUCAUGGACAUCAGUCCGCCCAGCCGCUCGCCACGUGCCCCCAGCAACUGGCGGCUGGGAAAGCUCCUGGGUCAGGGGGCCUUCGGACGAGUGUAUCUCUGUUACGACGCUGAUACUGGACGGGAGCUGGCAGUGAAACAAGUUCAGUUUGACCCAGACAGUCCUGAGACAAGCAAGGAGGUAAGCGCCUUGGAGUGUGAGAUCCAGCUCCUGAAGAACCUGUGCCACGAGCGGAUAGUCCAGUACUAUGGCUGUCUGCGAGACACCAUGGAGCGAACGCUCUCCAUCUUCAUGGAGUACAUGCCCGGGGGCUCCAUUAAAGACCAGCUGAAGUCAUACGGGGCGCUGACGGAGAACGUGACACGGCGCUACACACGGCAGAUUCUGGAGGGGGUUUCCUAUCUGCACAGCAACAUGAUCGUCCACAGGGACAUCAAAGGGGCCAACAUCCUCCGUGACUCGGUGGGUAACGUGAAGUUGGGCGACUUUGGAGCCAGUCGGAGGCUACAGACCAUCUGUCUGUCAGGGACAGGCAUCAAGUCGGUGACUGGUACCCCCUACUGGAUGAGCCCAGAAGUGAUCAGCGGAGAGGGUUACGGCAGGAAGGCUGACAUUUGGAGUGUUGGCUGCACCGUUGUGGAAAUGCUGACCCAGCGGCCGCCUUGGGCGGAGUUUGAGGCCAUGGCAGCUAUCUUUAAAAUCGCCACACAGCCAACAAACCCGGCGCUGCCAGCCCACGUGUCGGACUACUGCCGCGAGUUUCUCAAACGCAUCUUUGUGGAGACCAAACAACGUCCAUCUGCUGACGAGCUGCUGAGGCACAUCUUUGUACAUUGAGCUGGAACUCGCUGCUCGCCUUAUCUGAAGGGAGGGGA